AUGGCUCCCACCGCUGCAUCCGAACAGUUUGCGUUGAAGGAGCUCGCCGAGCAGACUGCCGCAGAGCAGAAAACGGAGAAGAAAGAGGUGGCGAAGAAGAAGGAUGAUAAGAAGAAGACUUUGUGGCAGAAGGUGAAGCAUGAAGCACAGCAUUACUGGGAUGGAACGAAAUUGUUGGCGACGGAGGUGAAGAUCUCUUCUCGACUUGCGUUGAAAAUGGCGGCUGGAUACGAACUUUCACGGAGAGAACACCGCCAGUUGACGAGAACGGUGCAAGAUCUUGGUCGACUGGUACCAUUCUCCAUGUUUGUCAUCGUUCCAUUCGCCGAGCUGCUCCUCCCAGUUGCUCUCAAGAUCUUCCCCAACAUGCUCCCUUCCACAUAUGAAGGAGCCAAGAGUAAGGAGAUGAAGGCGAACAAACUCCGGUCAUCCCGCAAGGAGGUGUCUCAAUUCCUCCGCCAGACAAUGCGCGAGUCCGGUCUUCCCAUCUCACAGGUCACCGCACAAAAAGAAGAGUUCACCGAGUUCUUCCGCAAACUCCGAGCGACUGGUGAAGAGCCCACCAAAGCCGACAUCAUCAAAGUCUGCAAGCUCUUCAAAGACGAUCUCACCCUCGACAACUUGUCCCGCCCUCAACUCGUAGGCACUUGCCGGUACAUGAACCUCUCCACUUUCGGCACCGAUCCCAUGCUCCGCUACCAAGUCCGCAACCGCAUGCGCCAGAUCAAGCGCGACGACAAAGCCAUUUCCUACGAAGGCGUCGACACCCUCUCCGUUCCCGAACUCCAAAUGGCAUGCGCCGCCCGCGGUCUCCGAACCCACGGCGUCUCACCUGGCCGUCUCCGCGACGAUCUCCAACUCUGGCUCGACCUCCGUCUCAAAUACGGCGUACCCAGCACCCUCCUCGUUCUGAGCAACGCAUUCAUGUACGCCCAAGGCAAAGAGAACGAAUUCGACACGCAACUCUCCGCUCUCCAAGCCGUGCUGUCUUCCAUCCCCGAGGAGCUGUUCCACGAAAUCGAAUUGGAAGUAUUGAAUGCAGAGGGCGCGACGACGAACAAGCAGCGACUGAAGGUGUUGAAGGAGCAGCAGGAGUUGAUUGCCGAAGAGCAACAGCAGGCGGAGGAGCAGAAGGCGAGUGGACGUACGGAGGAUGUCAGUGAUAAGGAGGAUAUUGAUGAGAAGGAGGAUGAAGCGAAGCAGGACGCUGCGUUGACGAAAGCGCAGGCGGAGGCGGAGAGGGAGAUGAGGGAGGCGGAGAAUGAUUUACAGGCGCAGCAGAGGGCGAGUGGGAAUGGGGAGGUUGGACCACUAGUAGCUCUGCUCCGCAGUCCACUGACAACGGCGGUCUCCUCCCUGGCAUCCUCGGUCCUUUGA